AUGCCGUCUCCCUCUCCCUACCCCUCCUCGUACCCCUACCGCCAUCUCGCCCUCACCAAAUUGCUUCAAGAACACCCAGUCGAUUCCUCUACAGGCAACGACAGAUAUCAGCUAUUCAACACCGAUCUACAUUCUCAACAUCAGCGUUCAGUAGCUCUCGAUAGCAUCCUACUCUCGGCAUGGGCUACGAAUAAGGGAAAAGGUCAGGACUUACUCCAUCAUGUGGAUUCCUUGCGCAUCAAUAAGGAAGAUUUCCAAGCUAUAGGCCGCUUAGGCGAUGGCCAAUUCGGUACUGUCGAUGCGGUCGAAUGCAAACUGAACGGUCAGGUGUACGCAAUGAAGACGAUGCCCAAACAUGCCAUAAAGCGAGCAGGCAUUCAAGUCUGUUUGGAGCUCGAGCGACACAUUCAUAUCCUUUCUCAUGCAUUUCCUGCGGCACCUGUACCGACACUCUUCGUCGCCUUUCAGAGCAAAGAUAGCAUCUCUCUAGUAACUGAGUACGCCGCUUGUGGCUCGCUCUGGGACCGACUUUGCUCCUUAUCUGAUGAGGACGAUCAAGCCGGCUGCAUGACAGUGGCGGAGAUCAAGUGGUGGUCACCGCAAAUGGUUGUAGCCAUACAAUGGAUGCAUGACCAAGGUUACGUUCAUCGGGAUAUUAAACCACACAACUUCCUCAUCACUGAUGGCGGUCGGCUCAAAUUGACUGACUUUGGGUCGAGUGCUGAACUGUCUCAGCCACGAUUGCAUUCCGAACGACCAUUCGUCCCCCAUGAACUUUGCUCUCUUCCUAUCGGCACACCGGAUUAUAUUGCUCCAGAGGUGCUAUUAUGCGCAGAGGAGGCCUUUGUACAGGCUGCAGGUGCAAAUGAAGCUAGCUAUAGCCCUCCCACAUAUGGAUACGAUUUGAGCAUAGAUUGGUGGGGUUUUGGCGCCACUAUUUUCGAAAUGGCUACUGGGAAAGGACCUUUCUGGGCACCAACGAUUCAGCAAACGUAUCUUAAAAUUACACAAUAUAAGGGUGAUCUACAAAGUCCUUUUAUACUUGAAGAGGGAUUACGCCGACUCCUACAAAAGUACGUCCGAGCGAUAUAG